AUGUCGACCGUUGGAGAGGUCUUUCAAACAUGCAGCAUCGUCAGCGUCACGCUCUUCUUGAAGUACUUCGUCACCAACUUGCGCUGGGGAUUCCUGAAGGGGAAAGCCAACAUGCGGGCAAGAGAGGACUUCAAUAACAACGAGAAUGCGACAAGUGAUGAUGUGGAACGAGCCACAGCAGCAGGCCGCAUUGUCCAGAACGACUUGGAGAACAUUCCUUUUGGUCUCAUCCUGAUGUGGGGUACGGCCUUGUGCAUCCUUGGUGCCCAAAUGUCCUCAACAGACGCGUCAAGCAUGUGCACCGCACAUAUCGUUCUCUCGGGCCUUUUCACCACGGCGCGCGUGUGUCACACGAUUGUCUACAUGCUCCACCUGGCGCUUCCCCGCGGGGCCAUCUUCAUGAUUGGCACGUCCUCGCUGUUCGGCUUGGGGAUUCUGGGUAUCAUUGCCGCCUUUGAGAUCUCGAUCUGA